AUGACUGCCGAUAUCCCCAAGGUAGUCCCUCUGACUUGCCACGGACACUCUCGUCCAGUGACGCAUCUGAGCUUCUCUUCCACAGUCGAAGACGAGCAAUAUUACUUCAUCUCUUCAUGCAAAGAUAAUAACCCUAUGCUCCGCGAUGGCAUAACAGGAGACUGGAUUGGCACAUUCCUCGGCCACAAAGGUGCCGUAUGGCAAGCAAGGCUCUCCGCCGACGCCGCCAUCUCCGCAACAGCAGCAGCCGAUUUCUCAGCCAAGGUCUGGGACACAUACACAGGCGAAUGCCUGCACACACUGCAACACGCACACAUUGUGCGCGCAGUAGCAUUCCCAAUCCAAGCCAACCCGCAGGUUCUCGCGACAGGUGGCGCGGAGAAGAAGCUCCGUAUCUUUGAUCUAACCCGGGGCGGUAGCUCCAGCAACAGCUCCACACCGCCGCUGCCUUCAUCGGCCAGCCCGGCUACUGAGAAUGGGGUGACGAGCUACGAGAUCGGCGCCGGUGUGCACGGCGGCACGAUCAAGUCCAUUGUCUGGAACCAGGAUUACAAUGUCAUUACGACUGCCGCGGAGGACCGUAAGAUUCGUUGGUGGGACCUGCGCUCACGCCACCCGAUUGUGGAGUAUGCUGUUGAUGGCACGAUUGGCUCCUGUGAGCUGAAUAGUCUUGCGACUCGGCCCAACGAUGCCGGCAUCUUGACCGUUGCUGCUGGCAAAAGUGUCUAUCUGUUUGAUGGGGUGCAGCCUGGUCGUUUGCUCAAGAAGACCGAGUAUGAUUAUGACGUUGCUAGUGCUGCAGUUAAUAGCGAGUCUGGUCGCCUGGUUACCGGCAGUGCGAAUGAUACCUGGGCACGGGUUUAUGACUUGAACACUGAUGAAGAGCUGGAGGUUCAAAAGGGUCACCAUGGCCCCAUCUGGUCUAUCAGCUUCUCUCCCGAUGGCAAGCUCUACGGAACUGGUAGCGAGGAUGGCACCAUCAAGUUGUGGAAAGCAUGCCGUGAACCCUACGGAUUGUGGAGAUGA